AAGAAAUUUGGGGCAAUUCUUUUGUGGAAAUACUCAAGCUCCCAACCUUGUUGGCGUGAAGCCGAAGAAAAAUGCGACGUUGCCGGCAUCUGGAUUCUAGGUCGGCUUACUCGUAUGUCCUGCUUGGUUUUUACUACCCACUGAGGACAAGAAUCAUUACUUUUAAAAAUUCUCCUCCUCACCCAUUACUUAAAUCGCUCUCUGAAGCUGACGUCCACUAUUUUUUAAUAAGCAUCGAGUCUCAGCGAUUCUGUGUUGCAAUUUUUAUGUGAAAUCUAUUUCUGUAAAGGAUUUCUGUAUGCGUCCACGUUACUGUCUGUCAAAAAGGUACAACACAAAUGACAAACACCUGGCCCGGAAUGACUAAAAAUUGAACAAAAGAAUCCUCGAAAGCAGUUCCUUUUAUGGCCUGACCGUAUGCAAUCAGCAUCAACUGACCAAUCGUAGAGAGGACGGUUAUUAUAUUUUUUUCUCCCAACUCUAUAAAUGACUUCCUAUUGCUCAUCCAUUGCAUUUCUUCGUUUCUUGAUACUCAUAUUCAAGCAAGAUGAUUUUCAUCACGAUUCGAAGCAUGGGAUGGUGGCUUCGGAUCUUUGCGAUCAGCAUUACUUUGAUGUGUGGUGCUAGUUCAGGGGAGCAAAGGGCGAGUGUGCCGCCCAGAGGAUGGAAUUCGUACGAUUCAUUUUCAUGGAUUAUAUCGGAGGAUGAGUUUCUGGCAAAUGCGCAGAUCAUGGCUGAGAAGCUGCUCCCAUUCGGCUACGAGUAUGCGGUGUUGGAUUUCUUGUGGUACAGAAAGCGGGAGCCAGGCGCAUCGGUAGGGUCGCCCGGAUUCGAUGUGAUUGACGAAUGGGGGCGGCCCGUGCCGGAUCCGAAGCGGUGGCCAUCUUCGGUGGGGGGUGCAGGGCUGAAACUCGUUGCGGAGCGCGUGCAUUCGAUGGGUCUCUACUUCGGCCUCCAUGUUAUGCGAGGCAUAAGCACGCAGGCUGUCAAGGCCAAUACCCCCAUUUUGGGACCUCAGGGAGUAGCCUAUGAAGAGAAUGGACGGAUAUGGAGGGCAAGAGAUAUUGCAUUGGUGCGGCAGACAUGUGGGUGGAUGCCAAAGUGCUUCAUGAGUGUGAAUACCAAGGUGGAGGCAGGCAGGGUUUUCCUGCGCUCUCUUUACCAGCAGUAUGCUGAUUGGGGUGUGGAUUUUGUCAAGCAUGACUGCGUUUUUGGAGACGACCUCAAUGUAGACGAGAUCUCCACAGUGUCAGAGAUUUUGAGAGCACUUGAACGGCCAGUUUUGUACUCCCUUUCACCUGGGACACAUGCCACACCGGAUAUGGCAAUGAAAAUUAGUAAUUUGGUCAACAUGUAUCGAGUGACUGGUGAUGAUUGGGAUACUUGGAGAGAUGUUCAAUCACAUUUUGAUGUGUCAAGAGGCUUUGCAUCAAGUGGUUUGAUUGGAGCACAAGGAUUGCUUGGAAAGUCCUGGCCAGACCUGGACAUGCUUCCAUUGGGGUGGCUUACUGAUCCAGGGGUAAAUCAAGGUCCACAUCGUUAUUGUAGUCUUACUCAGGAAGAACAAAAGACUCAGAUGACUUUGUGGUCCAUGGCUAAGUCUCCACUUAUGUUUGGAGGUGAUUUGCGGAAUAUUGAUGAUAUAACAAUGAGUCUUAUUACAAAUCCUACCUUGUUAGCUAUAAAUACUUACAGCACCAAUAAUAAAGAGUUUUCUCAAAUUAGUUUUGUUCGAGGGAAUCAUCACCAUAAAUUAGAAGCAAGCCCAAAACCUGGUUCACGCAUUGAAUUCCUGCUAAGUAUUUCAAGUUGCAAUAUAAAGAAUACAAAGAACUGGGGCAUUAGAACCACAAAUGAACAGAUGAAUGAAGUUUGUUGGAAUGAGAGCUUGGCUAUGAAUAAAGAAGGGAUAUGCCUACAUUAUAGAACUCAAAAUAAUGCAUCAUUAUCCAUAGAGAACAAUAGACGAUCUCGUCUGUUAGAAUCUAUCAUUGGGCAAGUGUGUUUAGACUCUUCUCCAAAUGAGGAAUUUACAAUUGGUCACUUAAAAAGCAAUCACUUUGCACCGUGUACUAGCCAUGCAAGUCAGGAUUGGGAACUAACAAAUGAUGGAGCACUUAAAAAUACUUACACCGGCCUUUGUGCAAGUGUUUCUAAAGUUGAAGGUCUGAACCAAAUUGAUAAUGCACGUGCUUGGAUAGCAAACGGUUUAAAAGGGGAAAUUUACAUUGCAUUCUUUAAUUUGGGCCCCAAUACACUUACAAUAUCUGCCAAGACGGAGGAUGUUAUACACACAUUUCAUACAGAUAAUGACCAUAUGAGGACCAAAAAUGAAUUACAAGCAAAAGAAUGCUCAGGUUCUGAAGUUUGGAGUGGUCGAGAUCUUGGAGUUGUAGAAGAUAGAAUAGUCAUAGAUGUUCUAAGUCAUGGUUGUGCUUUAAUUAAGUUAACAUGUACUUAGUUUUAAUAUAUAUAAUUUAGAUGUCUCAGAUGAUGUAUAUUGGAUAAAAGAUUCUAAAUCAUCUUUCAAGGUUGUAUGCUGUAGGCAAUUUUUUUCUCCUACAAAUGUUACUAAA